UUUGAAAAACGGCGAAGUCAUUUUGUGCUCUAAGCAAGUGAGGUGUGCUUUUUAAAAGAUUGGAAACAAUGACAUCAAGAUACGAUAGAGCUAUUACAGUAUUUUCACCAGAUGGGCAUUUGUUGCAAGUGGAAUAUGCACAAGAAGCUGUUAGAAAAGGUUCUUCUGCGGUUGGCGUUCGUGGUAAUGAUGUAGUCGUUUUAGGAGUUGAAAAAAAGUCCAUUGCAAAACUUCAGGAAGAACGAACAGUUCGUAAGAUAUGUCUCCUAGAUGAACAUGUUGUAAUUGCAUUUGCAGGCUUGACAGCAGAUGCAAGAGUUCUUAUUAAUCGUGCACAAAUAGAAUGUCAGAGUCACAGAUUAACUGUUGAGGACCCAGUUACAUUGGAAUACAUAACUAGAUAUAUUGCAGGUUUGAAACAGAAAUAUACACAAAGUAAUGGUAGAAGACCUUUUGGAAUAUCAUGCCUUUUAGCUGGAUUUGAUUAUGAUGGUGUUCCACAUUUAUAUCAGACAGAACCUUCAGGCAUUUAUUAUGAAUGGAAGGCAAAUGCAACAGGUCGAAAUGCCAAAACAGUACACGAAUUUUUACAAAAAUAUUAUACACCAGAAAAAGUAGCAACAGAGGAAGGAACAAUAAAAUUAGCUAUUAGAGCUUUACUAGAGGUAGUACAAUCAGGAAGAAAAAAUUUAGAAAUUGCAGUAAUGCGACGUGGUCAACCUUUACAGAUGUUAGAUCUAGAUACCAUUGGACAAUAUGUCACCGAAAUUGAGAGAGAAAAGGAAGCAGAAGCUGAAAAGAAAAAGCAAAAGAAGUGAUAUCCUUACAUGAGAUUACACUUA